AUGUCCGAUCGAGCGUCAGAGUCUAACAAUUCUAGUGCUAAUAGAACUGCUAAUAGUAGAAGUCCGUAUUUUUGUCAUCAAUGCCAUGUUGACAUUGAGCCUUUAAUGGCUCCCAAUCCAACCUGUCCUCGCUGCAAUGGUGAAUUCGUAGAAGAGAUUGUAGAAAAUAAUGAUCUAAGGGAAUUUGUUGAGCAUGGUGGAGGGCAGGAAACCGAUGAUGAAUUCGAUGAUACUCAAUUUCCUACGGGAAAUCCUCAAAAUGGAUUAAACGAAAUUUUACAACUCAUUCAGAGUAUGCUCAGACCUAAUACUCCUGUGCGAGUACAAACAGAAAGUCGGGAUGGUACAACUACAACAACUAUAACAGCUACAGGAUCAACAAUAAUGCCAGCAACAGGAAAUACUGUCCGACAAGAUGAAGGUCAGAAUACUAGUAAUACUAGUGAUGACCGUGCAUCUCCACCAUUUGACAUUGCACAAAUGUUAGAAAACUUUGGAGCAAAUAACGCAGCAAAUUUCAUGAAUAUAUUUAACAUCGCAGGUGAUCCAGCAGAUUAUGCAUGGAAUAAUACAGGAUUUGAUAAUAUCAUCUCACAAUUGAUGGAACAACAAGCUGGAAGACAAGCCCCACCACCAGCCACAGAUGAAAUGAUUGAGAAUUUACCAAAGACGAAGAUCUCAAAAAAACAAAUCGUGGAAGAACAAUUGGGGUGCCCGGUUUGUAAAGAUGAAUUUAAAAUAGGCGAAGAAGCGGUAGAUCUGCCUUGCACUCAUACUUUUCAUUACGAUUGUAUAAAACCAUGGUUAAAAAUGAAUGGAACUUGUCCUGUAUGUCGGUAUUCGUUAAUCAUUCAGGAUAAUAAUGAACAAAAUGGUAAUGAUGGUACUGGUUCAUCAGGUAAUAAUAAUAGCAAUAGAUUCAGCUCAGCAUUUCGAUUCAAUUCCAAUUCUUCUCUGCCUGGAACAUAUCCAGGAAAUCAGCAAAAUAAUGGACAGAAUCGUCAAGGUGAUUCGAGUGAUCAUAUGGACCUGGAUCAUGAACCUGUUGAUUAA